AUGGAGAUGUCACCCUCCAUAUCUGGCAUAAGGGAAACAGGUGUUACUUUCAACAAAUUUUGUAUAAUGCAAAAAAUGACUUUGAUAUCGGAUGGAUGUGGAUAUCAAAACCGAAACCGAGUUGUGAACAGUGUUUUAAGAGAUUUUGCUGUUCAGCAUAAUGUCACCAUAGAGCAGAUUUACCUUACUAAGGGCCACACAAUGAUGGAAGUGGAUAGUGUUCACGCUACCUUAGAACAACUUUUUUAUCCUCCUAUUAAUUCAUCCAGCGAUUAUAUAGCUAAAAUGAGAUCAGCUAGACUUAAACAACCCAAUGAGGUUAAGCCCAGAAGGAAUUAUAUGGUACAAGACAGGGGAAGGUUAACACAAAUUUAUGACAAACCACUGCCUAUAUCAGAAUCUAAAUUUAAAGAUCCUCAGAACUUAAAAUCGGCUAUUGAAAAAGAGCACCAUGCUUUCUAUGAUAAGUUGUCAUUUAAACCUGUCAAAAAGACCAACGAUAAGCUAUUUAGUGAAAAUGCAGCCGAAAACCACGAUAAAAACUCGAGGAAAAAACUGAAAAUAAAAGUUCUAAAAAAACAACCCGGCAACAAGAAACCAACUGAAAAGUCACAAAAAAGAUAA